AUGGACGAGGACUUCUCCUCUCAGAUGAAGAAGAUGGCCUUGGCCAUGGGCACGUCCCUGUCAGACAAGGACAUAGAGUUGCUGCCCACGGACAUGAGGCAUCACGGCUCCUUCAACUACCUCAAGUUCUUGGAGUACAUGCAGAAGUUCCAGGCCUCGGGGCAGCUGGAGAGCGCCAUCCGCCAGGCCUUCCAGACUCUGGACAAGGACAAGAGUGGCUUCAUCGAGUGGAACGAGAUCAAGUACAUCCUGUCCAUCGCCCCCAGCAGCACGCCCACCGCCCCGCUGACGGACGAGGAGGCAGAGGCCAUGAUCCAGGUGGCAGACACGGACGGGGACGGCAGGAUCGACUUCGAAGAAUUUUCUGACUUGAUCAAAAAGGAGAAAGUUCCAAAGAAGAAGUAGUACCACACCCAGCCCUGGGCCAGAGGAAGCUACCCCAUGGGGCAUCGCGGGGUGUUUGUGUGCCCGAUCAAGGAGGCCAUGGGGGUGGACACAGCAUGUGCCAGGGAAAUGGAAGAAAAAUGUCAUUAAAUGAACAAUGCAG